CCUCCCUCUCGGCAACAAAGCUGAACAUCUCCGGGUAGUCUCUCCUCAUUCCAACCAGCAACAUGGUGGUCCUCUUUGAUGAUGCGGUAAAGCGUUUACUGAGACAGGUGGGGAAAGAAGAUCUGAAACCAGUUACCGAUCUAAAAAGCGCUAAGAAAUUCCAUCACUUCAAUGUGUUACGGAAAAAGAAGAAUGGAUUCUCAUCAUUUUGGAACCCGCCUGACAUUCCUGCUGGAUUCUCCCUCCUGGACAUCCUGGACCAAAGUACUCCAGUCCCAGAUCCUUCCAGAGAAGGCCCAUUCAUCUACAAAGACAAUAUGGUCUGGAAAGGAGAGGGUGAUGUGACUAUUGAUGCAGGAUUUGGGGCAGAAAUGGCCGCAUCAGGGGGAACUAACAAGUCAUAUGAAUCCAUCCUCAAGUUUCAGAUUAAUGAGAUCACAACAAAAACCUGGACGGACCUUUGUUCAAGGGCACUUUUAAAACCAGAGCCAUGGUUUCUGGAACAAUAUCGACAAAAAAGAGAGGAUCUAUAUGUGGUGACAGAAACUGUGGAAGUGACCAACAGUCCUCAGCUGCGUGUUGAAAGUGAUAGAAAGUGGUUUGGAAAAUUCUCCAUUCCACAGACCCCUUAUAUCAAGGGUCAAGGCCAGGUAACUGGUGACAAGAAGAGAGAACAGUUACUGACUUUACCAGAGAAUAUGGUGAUGGCGUAUCAGACAAAGCAGCUGAUUUUUAAGAAGGAUGGCUGGGAGAUUCUUCUCAUCAAGGAUAAAAAGCAGAUGACCUUUCCAGAUGAAGACUUUCAAUCAAAGUCGUUGGAAAUGUCUAUCACUGAGAAUAGAAGUGAGAUUCUGCCAAUACAAAGAAUAGAGAAACCUUUGAGUCAAGAUUUUAAGCAACUACAAGAUGAGAUUUCCAGGAGAAUGGGAGAACUAUCCCAAUUUUCCAAGAAUAUUCAGGAUAUUUUAUUCCAUAAUAUUUUGGUCAUGCUUGGGGAUCGAGAGGCUCUUCAGGACCUGCAGGACAUGAUGGAACAGUUUCCCCAGGGUGAUUUGAAUGGCCCUGGUGGAAUCAUUCUAAAUGAACUGAGAAAGAACUCAGAAGAUUCAUUUUUUUAUGCACCAUAUUGCAUCCCUUAUCUCCUUGAAGCCUUGCUGGUGCUCAAUGACACCCAACGGGAUCUGCUGGCAUGGUCCAUGGAGAAGAAGAUCCUAGUCCAUCAGCGGGAGCUGGUAAGGAGUAUCUUGGAGCCCAACUUCAAAUACCCUUGGAGAAUUCCUUUCACCCUUAAACCAGAGCUUCUUACCCCACUGAAGGAUGAGGGUGUGGCUGUCACCUACAAACUGCUGGAGGAGUGUGGCCUAAAGAUUGACCUAAAUAGCAAUAGGUCAGCCUGGGAUCUGGAAGCCAAGAUGCCACUGUCAGCCCUGUAUGGAUGCCUCUCACUGCUUCAGCAGCUGGCUGUGGCCUAAAUUCUCCCUGGGUUGGGGGUGGGCGAUGAUUCAGUUCAGGGAGGGUGGGGACUACUCUUAUAGGCUCUGAUGUUCUUGGGGGAAUUCAAGAAACCUAUCUUUCCUGGUGGGAAUCAGCAAAGACUUGGGGGAUUUUCGUCUGUUUAUGCAUGAGUACUGUGGUGGAACUUGUGAAAUCGUAUAGCACGGUAUAGCACCGUACAGCACUGUACUCCUGUUGUUCGUCAAUUUGCUCAA